GCAGGAACUACAGCUGCAUGAAAAUGGCUGCAGGAAUCAUUUCUCCAAAUAUCUACUCUGACGAAGAGGAGGUGGCCAUUUUGGAAUCGACCUCAGUGAGUGGUGACGUGAAAAAGCAGUUGUUACCAGACUUUUCUGUCAUCUCGUCGGCAAACAAUGUGCAAGGUGGUUCUCAUUUGGGGGACACUGCUGCAGAGACUUCUCAAGAAGUCAGAAUUAAGGUUUACCUCCGGGUUAGACCUUUCACAGAAGCAGAGCUGGAGAAAGGUGAAUCGCAGGAUUGCGUUCUGAUUGAGAACUCUGAGAAACUUGUACUGCGAGCUCCCAAGGCUUCAUUCGCUAUGAAGAGCAGUGAGCGGGGGAUUGGGCAGGCCAUGCACAAAUUUACCUUCACACAGAUAUUUGAUCCUGAGACGCCCCAAAAAAUGCUUUUUGAUGCUGUCAUGAAGAAUCUGGUAAAAGAAUCCCUGGAAGGGCAAAACUGCUUGGUUUAUACCUACGGUGUAUCGAACUCUGGAAAAACCUACACUGUUCAAGGUACCAGGCAAGACGGUGGGAUCUUGCCACGAUCUCUGGCUGCAAUUUUCAACAGUAUCCAAGGAAAACUAUAUCCCAGGAUGGACCUAAAGCCUAACCUCUGUGACGAUGUCAUCAAGUUGGAUAACAAGAUGGUGAGGCAAGAGGAGCUGAAGAAACUUUCAUUACUGGGCAUUGUCAGAGAGGAGGAUCUGCAAACACCAAUGAAAAUGAAACCAGAAUUUAGACUGAGGGAGUGUCUCAGCUGCGAUUCUGAUAGUGGCAUUGGGAGCAUGUCAUCCGUCAGUAACUUAGAAGAGGCUACGUCCCGUUGGGCUGAUCAGGAUACAGUUGUUUUCCAGCAGGAGGAACACUUCCAGUAUUCCAUCUGGGUUUCCUUCUUUGAAAUUUACAACGAGCUUGCCUACGACUUGCUGGACACCGCUCCCACUGCCAACCGAAAGCGACAGACCCUGAAACUGUGCGAGGAUAAAAAUGGAAACACUUAUGUUAAAGAUCUGACCUGGAUCAAUGUGGGUGAUGCAGAAGAAGCCUGGAAAAUUCUUAAAGUAGGUCGUAAAAACCAAAGCAUAGCCAGUACACAUGUGAACCAGAAUUCCAGCAGGAGUCACAGCAUCUUCUCUAUUCGCAUCAUCCAUGUGUCCGAAGAUUGGAGAUCUGUACUGAAAACAAGCGAACUAACAUUGUGUGACCUGGCUGGAUCUGAACGAUGCAAAGAACAGAAGUGCGGUAGCAGGAUGAAGGAGGCAACGAACAUCAACACGUCCCUGCACACUCUCGGCAGGUGCAUCGGUGCCUUGCGUCAGAACCAGCAGAUCAAGUCAAAGCCCAAUGUGGUGCCUUUCCGGGACAGUAAAUUGACUCGCGUAUUCCAAGGGUUUUUCUCCAACCAUGGGAAAUCUUGCAUGAUCGUGAACAUCAAUCAGUGUGCCUCCACAUAUGACGAAACAUUACAAGCGAUGAAAUUCUCAGCUAUUGCCAGCCAGCUGAUACAGGCACCGUCAAUGAAGCUGGUUCCUUCUAUCCGAGCACUUCUCCGGGAGCAUGAUGGGUGGCAUAACUGUGAUGCCCAGGAGCCAGUGGAAGAGGAGGAAUAUGAAGAGGAAGAGAGUGAUGAUGAAGAUGACCCUGACAUCAGUACACUGGAAAAAGAGUCAUUGCAGAAAAUUAUAGAAUGCCUGCAGCAGCACCUGAUUAAUGAGAAGCGGGAGAAGCUGCUAAUGGAGAGUGAGAUCAGGCAAAGUGUUGUCGAUGAGAUGACGGAGCAAUACAAUGUGAUGGAGACACACUGGAGCGAGCAACUCGAGGAACAAAAAGAAUCUCUGGAAGAUGCCUUUGAAGCUAAGAUGAAAAAUUACCAAGAAUAUGUGAAAUUCUAUUAUCAGCAAUCUUCUGCUGAUGAGGAAGGUUCUGAAUCCGAUGAUGAAAUGGGCGAUGGUGAAGCAUUGUCAGUGAAAAUCCAUGAAUUAGAGGCAACUAUUCAGCAAUUGAAGGCGGAGCGGAAGUCUAGUGUCCAGCCGACGAGGCAGUCUGCUCGUUUGGCCAGUGUGGGCCUCCGUGGUGAACUGCACGCUGUCCAAUUGGAGCUGGUGAAUACAAGAGCUGAGCUGGAGCAGAGCAAAGCGGAAGCAGCAUUGGGCGCAGAGGAACUGAAGCGAUACAAAGAGAUGGUGGAGCCCCCUGCUGGAAUGAAACAUCUGACAAUUAAUGCAGAUCUAAAACUAGAAUCUGGCCAGAGGAAUGCAAAGGCCUUGCAGAAGGAGCUGCAGAAAAUAGAGCAGGCACUGCAGACAUCUGAGCGAGCAUGUUGCCAUAACACUGAGGCAGAGAAACUACGCCAUACUCUGGCCAAGUGUCAGGAUCUAAUGUUAAAGCAGGAUCAGACAUUGGCCGAGCUGCAGAAACUGAUGAUCGUGCUCAAGCUGGACAUGAAGCAUAAGAAUGCGUGCAUUGCCGAGCAGUAUCACGUGGUGCGGCAGCUGCAGGAUUCACCCGGCUGCCACAAGCGGCGCUGUGCAGGGAACGUUGAAAACCAGCCGCCCCGGGAGAAGCGACCCUUCCUCACCGGCAUGCUGACCCCAGUGCGGCACGCCAAUCAGCAACGCAGCAACACCCCAUCCAACUAUAUCCUGCGGUCCCGCGCACGGCUGGACAGGCCACUGCAGCGGGUGGAAGCCAGGUUCCAGGUCAACUAUUAGGCACCGUUCAUUGGCUUUUACAGUGAGAAUGUAUCUGAUAAAUGAGGUAUCGUGGGUUCCUUUGUACUUUAUUCGUUGCUUGAUGAAUCCAUGCAGCUUUGCCUGGCCAGUAUUUGACAUCACGGGCAUCAUAUGUUAUAGGGAAUUUGGUGUAGGGCAAGGAGGCGGAGAUUCUGUCUUGCCACUCAUUACUUUUGGCAGAAAAACCGGAUUCGGAAUUUCACUGCUGCUGAUCCACAGAACAUCUGCAUGUGGAACAGCUGAAGAAAAGGAAGGUUAAUCUGUUACUAAUAACUUGCAUUAAGCUAAGUAAGUCGCGUGCUUCCUAUAUACUCCAAACAACUUCAGAUAUUUAGCUGAAGGGAAAUAUUUUGCACCAAAAAUUUUAAACUCCUUGGCUUCCACUUUUUCUAGUUGCUAGUGCCUUACACAUUGAUGAAGAACAAAUCAACUGUUUAAUAAUCCACAUGAAUGCAAUAGCAAGUUCAUGUGGUGGUCACUAUUAAUGGAUAAUGCUGCUGUUGUAAUGGCUGCAUAUCUAGUUCUUUGCAAUAUUAUUGCGGUUUCAGAUGUAGUGAAAUAAAGAUUUAACCAACACGAACACAGUAACUACUACAAUAUAUAAACGUAGAUAAACUUUCGUUAGUUGAGAUUCAUGAAUCAUUUGUAUUUCAUACACUACAGUUGGUAUAACUUUUGAAAUCACUUCUGCAUCUUGUGAAAUAUGGGAUAUUACAAUUGUUUAAUAAAACUCCAAUGCUUUAUAAAU